CUCGUUUGCAUCUUUCUCUUGCCGUCUAUCUUUUUUAACUCCGUUAAGAGUUCUAAAUCCUAUUCGCUCUGAGGCGGUAACUUUCGAUUGAUAACAUCACUCUGAAUCUUCAGAAAGUUAUGUAAGAUUCAAAUGCCAUUGUCGCCUGGUAUUAAGCUUCAGAUUCGUUUCUUAAGAUCUGCUGGCCGGUUCAUGGCAUCAGCCUUGUGCCGAUCAUAGGAGAAGAAGCUUUUAAAUUAUGUUAUUUUGUCUCAAAGAAGCGGCAUUUAUAAGCUCCUCUAUGAGGUAGUAGUAGUUAAGAGAUGGUAUUGCAAUUCAACUAUCUGUUGACAUGGAAGAGAUACCAGAUGAAGUUGGGCUUCCAGAGCAUAGAUACCCCAAGACUGCAUGGUGGCCUUCAGAUUAUGUUGAAAAGUUUGGAUCCGUUUCACUUUAUGGAAAAGAAGAAAUUAUGAGGAAUCGGGAACCAACUGAGAGAGAAUACGAUAGGCUAUCCUCUCGGACUGCUUCCCAGAUUCUCUGGAAAACUGGAACACUUUCUGAACCAAUUCCCAAUGGUUUCUACUCUGUUGUUCCUGAGAAAAGGCUAAAGGAACUUUUUGAAGACAUUCCUACAUUGGAUGAGCUUCAUGCUUUGGAGCCUGAGGGUUUAGGAGCAGAUGUUAUAGUUGUGGACGCCAAGAAAGACAAGAAGCUCUCAAUGCUAAAGCAACUCAUUGUUGCACUGGUGAAAGGUUUAAACUCAACUCCUGCAGCAAUGAUAAAAAAGAUAGCUGGAUUG